GUCGUCGUCGUCGUCGUGGUCGUCGUCGUCGUCGUCGUCGUGGUCAUCGUCGGGUGUCCGAAUCCCUCGGUGUCCAGUCGGGAGACUCUCCCGACCCAACGGACCGUGAGUGUCACCGCGACUCGCGACAGUUACCCUUCUAGCUCGCGAUCGCGAUCGCGCCACAACGAUGAGUGAUUCUUCGACGCGCGAGUGAUUCGCUCCCUUGGAGUACCAGCAGCCGUCGAGCAGCCGAGGUGUGCCGUUCUCGUGUGUCAGUUCGACGAACGAGAUCCUCCUCGGAGGAGGAAUCGGAAGCUGUCGCGAACAAAAUCGUUUCGAGUGUUUGCACCGAAAGGAACGGACAAGGAAGACGGCAUCGCGAGAUACGAACUAUGGACGUGUCGUUUGCGAGAGCGACGAUGUCUCUUGAUCGGAAUUUGGUGCGUUCUCGCGAAAGAUGGACUGUUGUGGUGUAUAACGUGUAAUCGGUGUUCGUUCGCCGCAAAACGAUACGAACUGUUUUCCAGUUUCCGCUCGUCGGAUCGGAAGAGAAACGUACGAGAAAGGAGAGCACGAAGAUACGGAGACGAAAGAAGGAACCGAACGUAGAGGAGGAGCAGGGUGCCCUGACGGGGCAGCCCUAAGGGCCCACGAACGCCGAGUUGUCUCGGGAAACCCUGUUAGGGAAUAGAGAAGAACGAGAGAGAUAACGCAUCGGUGAAGGUGGAAAGAACGAAAUAGAAAAAAGAAAGAAAAAGAGAGAGAGAGAGAGAGAGAAAGAGAACGAGCGAGAAAAAGAAAAAGACAACAGGGUUCGGGCGAACCUCUGUACGAGGGGAAGUAGAUGGCCGCUACCACGUACAUGCCGAUUAGUAGCGCAGUGUCGUCCGAGCUGGAUGGUGGUUCGGGUACCGCGAUCGGGAUGAACAUCGCCGUGGGUGGCUACUCCUCGGGCUCGCCUCGCAGCGCCGCCGACGCCGGGGAGAUGAAGUACAUAACGACGCCUCAGCAUCAUCAUCACCAUCAUCAUCAUCACCAGGUGACGUCGUCGCCAUCGCCGAACGGGUUGUCGCACCCGUCGGUCGGCCACUCGUUGCACCCUGGCCACGCGCACGACAGGGAUCACAGCGCCGGCGAAGAGGACACGCCGACCUCCGACGAUCUCGAGGCGUUCGCCAAGCAGUUCAAGCAACGGCGCAUCAAGCUGGGAUUCACCCAGGCGGACGUCGGUCUCGCGCUCGGUACUCUCUACGGCAACGUCUUCUCGCAGACGACGAUAUGCAGGUUCGAGGCUCUUCAGUUGAGCUUCAAGAACAUGUGCAAGUUGAAGCCGCUGCUGCAGAAGUGGCUCGAGGAGGCGGACUCGACGACCGGCUCGCCGACGAGCAUCGACAAGAUCGCCGCGCAGGGCAGGAAACGAAAGAAGCGGACCUCGAUCGAGGUAUCGGUCAAGGGCGCCCUCGAGCAACAUUUUCACAAACAGCCGAAACCCUCCGCCCAGGAGAUCACCACGUUGGCGGAUAGCCUGCAGCUGGAGAAAGAGGUGGUCAGGGUGUGGUUCUGUAACCGGCGGCAAAAGGAGAAGAGGAUGACGCCGCCGAACACGCUCGGCGAGGGUAUCAUGGAGGGUAUGCCGCCCGGACAUCAGGGACAGGCAGGCCUUCACCAGGGUUACCAUCCGCAGGAUCACCUCCACGGCUCGCCCAUGGGCCACAGCCACAGUCCACCGAUGCUCAGUCCUCAGAGCAUCACGGCUCACUCGUUGACGGCUCACUAGCGUUCGCCCGGGCCUCCCCCGUUGGGCCUGUCGAUAACUUCUCAAAACUCGGUCAACAACCCGACUUCCUCGCCGCCGGAGACGCUCCCUCCGUUCUAUCAUCACUACCUUCAGGCGCGCACCGGCAGCUACUCCGCCACUUCGUAGCCACUUUCUAGUGUCUGCGAAUCAGCCGUACCAUGCUGUCUCGCGUGCUCGGGCUCCUAGUCCGUGUCCGCGACGAGGUUCAACGGGGAUUCACGAGGCCGACAAUCCGGUCCAACGGGGA